UCGGACAUUCCCGAUGAGAAACCGAAACUUGCCCCUCACCUCGUUACUCGGAAAUCUAUUUAUUUCAAAACUCGAUUUCAUUGCAAACUGCCACCUUAGCCUCAUUUUUACAGUUCGCUUCAAGUAACUUCAACUUCGCAAUGCGUCCCCUCACAGAAGACGAGAGCAAAGCAGUUUUCACAAAACUUGCAAACUACAUCGGAAAGAAUCUUAUCCAUCUCAUCGACCGCAAGGAUGAACCAUAUUGUUUCAGGCUACACAAAGAUAGGGUCUACUAUGUCUCAGAAUCGUCGAUGCGUAUGAGCAUAUCAGUCGCUCGGCCAAAUUUCGUUAGCGUUGGCACUUGUUUCGGAAAAUUCAGCAAAAGUGGCAAGUUCAAGUUGCAUGUAACAGCGCUUGACCAUAUUGCACAAUAUGCAAAAUACAAGGUUUGGAUCAAACCAAACGGAGAAAUGCCGUUCCUGUACGGCAAUCAUGUGGUGAAGGCGCAUCUUGGCCGGAUAACAGAAGAUACUCCUGAACAUCAAGGGGUGGUAGUCUUCAGUAUGAAUGAUGUACCACUAGGCUUUGGCGUCACAGCUCGGUCGACAGUAGAUACCCGGAAACUAGAUCCAACAGCCAUAAUUGUCUUUCAUCAAGCUGACGUUGGUGAAUACCUUAGGGACGAGGAAACCUUGUUUUGAUCGCUUCGGUUUUCAUUUCACUCAUUCUUUUGGUAUGGGAGGUUCAUGGACCCACACAUCUUAGAUUGCCAGUUUACAUGUCAGUGGUUUCGUAGCGCCUGGCCACGGGUAGAUCGCAUAUCUCACCAUCCCUUUACUCUGGUAAAAGCCAUAUGUACGGAUAUCAUCCUACAUAGCGAUGUCGAUGGAUGUUCGUCACAAGACGUAAAGUACAUAACAUUAUGUCCCAAAAAUAUGACAGUCGAUGUACAAUGUCGUCUCGAGAUCUACGUUUGUUUCGUUUUCAGGUUUUUAAAUCAUUGUUGCAACAAACGGGAAAUAUUCAACCGUUUCUAGAUCUCCCUCGCUGUCACAUGCUGCAUACGAUACUGAGGAGACACUGUCGAAUGUCUCGCCAUCACUCUUUGAGUUGGGGCCUGCUGAUGUUGAGUCAAUGUC